AUGUCGAACAGCACAAGAAAGCAUCUUAUGCGUGGCGCCGCCGUGAAGCUUGACGUGGGAAUUCCGCCAGCAUCUUUCAAAGUUCAUAUUGAAUUGCUAUGCGGACUAUCUCCAGCUUUUGCUGACCUCUAUAGCGGUCCAAUGGCUUAUAAAAUCCAAGAACAUAUCCACCUACCAGCGGAAGAUUCAAGUACCUUUGCAGUAUUUGUCAGGUGGUUGUAUUGGAACCGGGUCUGCAUGAAUCAACCUCUUCGAGUCCUUGAUCUGUUCAAGCUGUGGGUUCUAGCAGAACAUCUCGACAUACCUACACUGCAGAAUGAUGCGUUAAUGCUCUGCAAGAGGCGGCUUGAUCGAGGGGCCAUAGGAACUGACGCGGUAGCCUAUGCCUACGAGAGCACCCUUCCAGGUUCCCCUCUACGUCGGAUGGCAGUGGACUCGUGGGUGUGCAGUGCAGGGAAGAAGAGAUUCCGAGCGCAUAUGCGUAUGUUCCCAUGUGGGUUUCUGCAAGACUUGUGUUCGGCGUUCUUCGGGAAGAAAGACCAUAAUGGUGUUCAACUUUCUGGCCAGCAGCAUUUCGAAUAUUGUUACUUCGUGCCAGAUUUCAACCCUGAGUCUGGCCGCAGCACUGUACUUGUAUGUGACCCUUUUGCUGCGCCGGCCACAGUGGUAUGGGAAAGAAGGCGCCGUUCAUUAUCUAUUCUAUGUGCUCCUAUUUGCGACCGUUCACCCUAUUCCCACGCUGAAGAGGACAUUGAUGUGAAGAGUGAGAGCAGUGUGGAGAGGGAGAACAGUGUGAAGAGGGAGAGCAGUGUGAAGAGGGAGAGCAGUGUGGAAAGUGAGAGCAGUGUGGAGAGUGAGAGCAGCGUGAAGAGUGAGAGCAGCGUGGAGAGUGAGAGCAGCGUGGAGAGUGAGAGCAGCGUGAAGAGUGAGAGCAGCGUGGAGAGCGAGAGCACCGCAGACAAUUGGUCUACAGACUCUGGUGAUACUCCGUGUCCGACUUACAAAAGGCGAAAGUUGAUUUGUUCUGGUUACUACUAG